CCCACUUCAUUCACUUGCAAAUCAGUGUGUGCCCACAAGAGCCAGCUCUCCCGAGCCCGUAACCUUCGCAUCCCAAGAGCUGCAGUUUCAGCCGCGACAGCAAGAACGGCAGAGCCGGCGACCGCGGCGGCGGCGGCGGCGGAGGCAGGAGCAGCCUGGGCGGGUCGCAGGGUCUCCGCGGGCGCAGGAAGGCGAGCAGAGAUAUCCUCUGAGAGCCAAGCAAAGAACAUUAAGGAAGGAAGGAGGAAUGAGGCUGGAUACGGUGCAGUGAAAAAGGCACUUCCAAGAGUGGGGCACUCACUACACAGAGACUCGACGGUGCCAUCAGCAUGAGAACUUACCGCUACUUCUUGCUGCUCUUUUGGGUGGGCCAGCCCUACCCAACUCUCUCAACUCCACUAUCAAAGAGGACUAGUGGUUUCCCAGCAAAGAAAAGGGCCCUGGAGCUCUCUGGAAACAGCAAAAAUGAGCUGAACCGUUCAAAAAGGAGCUGGAUGUGGAAUCAGUUCUUUCUCCUGGAGGAAUACACAGGAUCCGAUUAUCAAUAUGUGGGCAAGUUACAUUCAGACCAGGAUAGAGGAGAUGGAUCACUUAAAUAUAUCCUUUCAGGAGAUGGAGCAGGAGAUCUCUUCAUUAUUAAUGAAAACACAGGCGACAUACAGGCCACCAAGAGGCUGGACAGGGAAGAAAAACCCAUUUACAUCCUUCGAGCUCAAGCUAUAAACAGAAGGACAGGGAGACCCGUGGAGCCCGAGUCUGAAUUCAUCAUCAAGAUCCAUGACAUCAACGACAAUGAACCAAUAUUCACCAAGGAGGUUUACACAGCCACUGUCCCUGAAAUGUCUGAUGUCGGUACAUUUGUUGUCCAAGUCACUGCAACGGAUGCAGAUGAUCCAACAUAUGGGAACAGUGCUAAAGUUGUCUACAGUAUUCUACAGGGACAGCCCUAUUUUUCAGUUGAAUCAGAAACAGGUAUUAUCAAGACAGCUUUGCUCAACAUGGAUCGAGAAAACAGGGAGCAGUACCAAGUGGUGAUUCAAGCCAAGGAUAUGGGUGGCCAGAUGGGAGGAUUAUCUGGGACCACCACCGUGAACAUCACACUGACUGAUGUCAACGACAACCCUCCCCGAUUCCCCCAGAGUACAUACCAGUUUAAAACUCCUGAAUCUUCUCCACCGGGGACACCAAUUGGCAGAAUCAAAGCCAGCGACGCUGAUGUGGGAGAAAAUGCUGAAAUUGAGUACAGCAUCACAGACGGUGAGGGGCUGGAUAUGUUUGAUGUCAUCACCGACCAGGAAACCCAGGAAGGGAUUAUAACUGUCAAAAAGCUCUUGGACUUUGAAAAGAAGAAAGUGUAUACCCUUAAAGUGGAAGCCUCCAAUCCUCAUGUUGAGCCACGAUUUCUCUACCUGGGGCCUUUCAAAGAUUCAGCCACGGUUAGAAUUGUGGUGGAGGAUGUAGAUGAGCCACCUGUCUUCAGCAAACUGGCCUACAUCUUACAAAUAAGAGAAGAUGCUCAGAUAAACACCACAAUAGGCUCCGUCACAGCCCAAGAUCCAGAUGCUGCCAGGAAUCCUGUCAAGUACUCUGUAGAUCGACACACAGAUAUGGACAGAAUAUUCAACAUUGAUUCUGGAAAUGGUUCAAUUUUUACAUCGAAACUUCUUGACCGAGAAACAUUGCUAUGGCACAACAUUACAGUGAUAGCAACAGAGAUCAAUAAUCCAAAGCAAAGUAGUCGAGUACCUCUAUAUAUUAAAGUUCUAGAUGUCAAUGACAACGCCCCAGAAUUUGCUGAGUUCUAUGAAACUUUUGUCUGUGAAAAAGCAAAGGCAGAUCAGUUGAUUCAGACCCUGCAUGCUGUUGACAAGGACGACCCUUAUAGUGGGCACCAAUUUUCGUUUUCCUUGGCCCCUGAAGCAGCCAGUGGCUCAAACUUUACCAUUCAAGACAACAAAGACAACACGGCGGGAAUCUUAACUCGGAAAAAUGGCUAUAAUAGACACGAGAUGAGCACCUAUCUCUUGCCUGUGGUCAUUUCAGACAACGACUAUCCAGUUCAAAGCAGCACUGGGACAGUGACUGUCCGGGUCUGUGCAUGUGACCACCACGGGAACAUGCAAUCCUGCCAUGCGGAGGCGCUCAUCCACCCCACGGGACUGAGCACGGGGGCUCUGGUUGCCAUCCUUCUGUGCAUCGUGAUCCUACUAGUGACAGUGGUGCUGUUUGCAGCUCUGAGGCGGCAGCGAAAAAAAGAGCCUUUGAUCAUUUCCAAAGAGGACAUCAGAGAUAACAUUGUCAGUUACAACGACGAAGGUGGUGGAGAGGAGGACACCCAGGCUUUUGAUAUCGGCACCCUGAGGAAUCCUGAAGCCAUAGAGGACAACAAAUUACGAAGGGACAUUGUGCCCGAAGCCCUUUUCCUACCCCGACGGACUCCAACAGCUCGCGACAACACCGAUGUCAGAGAUUUCAUUAACCAAAGGUUAAAGGAAAAUGACACGGACCCCACUGCCCCGCCAUACGACUCCUUGGCCACUUACGCCUAUGAAGGCACUGGCUCCGUGGCGGAUUCCCUGAGCUCGCUGGAGUCAGUGACCACGGAUGCAGAUCAAGACUAUGAUUACCUUAGUGACUGGGGACCUCGAUUCAAAAAGCUUGCAGAUAUGUAUGGAGGAGUGGACAGUGACAAAGACUCCUAAUCUGUUGCCUUUUUCAUUUUCCAAUACGACACUGAAAUAUGUGAAGUGGCUAUUUCUUUAUAUUUAUCCACUGCUCCGUGAAGGCUUCUCUGUUCUACCCGUUCCAAAAGCCAAUGGCUGCAGUCCGUGUGGAUCCAAUGUUAGAGACUUUUUUCUAGUACACUUUUAUGAGCUUCCAAGGGGCAAAUUUUUAUUUUUUAGUGCAUCCAGUUAACCAAGUCAGCCCAACAGGCAGGUGCCGGAGGGGAGGACAGGAAACAGUAUUUCCACUUGUUCUCAGGGCAACGUGCCCGCUUCCGCUGUCCUGGUGUUUUACUACACUCCAUGUCAGGUCAGCCAACUGCCCUAACUGUACAUUUCACAGGCUAAUGGGAUAAAGGACUGUGCUUUAAAGAUAAAAAUAUCAUCAUAGUAAAAGAAAUGAGGGCAUAUCGGCUCACAAAGAGAUGAACUACAUAGGGGUGUUUAUUUGUGUCACAAAGAAUUUAAAAUAACACUUGCCCAUGCUAUUUGUUCUUCAAGAACUUUCUCUGGCAUCAACUACUAUUCAAAACCUCAAAUCCACCCACAUGUUAAAAUUCUCAUUACUCUUAAGGAAUAGAAGCAAAUUAAACGGUAACAUCCAAAAACAACCACAAACCUAGUACGACUUCAUUCCUUCCACUAACUCAUAGUUUGUUAUAUCCUAGACUAGACAUGCGAAAGUUUGCCUUUGUACCAUAUAAAGGGGGAGGGAAAUAGCUAAUAAUGUUAACAAAGGAAAUAUAUUUUAGCAUACAUUAAAAGUUUUGGCCACCACAUAUAUCACGGGUCACUUGAAAUUCUUUCAGCUAUCAGUAGGCUAAUGUCAAAAUUGUUUUAAAAUUCUUGAAAGAAUUUUCCUGAGACAAAUUUUAACUUCUUGUCUAUAGUUGUCAGUAUUAUUCUACUAUACUGUACAUGAAAGUAGCAGUGUGAAGUACAAUAAUUCAUAUUCUUUGUAUCCUUCUUACACGACUAAGCUGAAUUAGUAAAGUUAGAUUAAAUAAAACUUAAAUCUCACUCUAGGAGUUCAGUGGAGAGGUUAGAGCCAGCCACACUUGAACCUAAUACCCUGCCCUUGACAUCUGGAAACCUCUACAUAUUUAUAUAACGUGAUACAUUUGGAUAAACAACAUUGAGAUUAUGAUGAAAACCUACAUAUUCCAUGUUUGGAAGACCCUUGGAAGAGCAAAAUUGGAUUCCCUUAAACAAAAGUGUUUAAGAUUGUAAUUAAAAUGAUAGUUGAUUUUCAAAA